CUCUAGACUCCAGGUCCUGUCCCCUGAGCUCUGCCCUCGGAUGUCCAACCGCCCAGAGCCUGCAUGCGCCGUGGGGCGCCCCAGAAACAGGAGUUGGUGGGACUGGGAACCCCUGAGCGGGGACCCCGGGUCACCCCUCCUUCCUUGGGGCCCGUUGUCCCGGUCCUCGUCUUCCCCCCUGAUCUAGUAUUCAGGGCAGACCAGCGGAGUGGACCCCGACAGCUGCUGACCCUCUAUAACCCCACGGGAGCUGCGCUUCGCUUCCGAGUCCUGUGCACAGCACCUGCCAAAUACUCAGUAUUCGAUGCCGAAGGAUAUGUGAAGCCUCAGUCCUGCAUUGAUAUUGUGAUUCGCCAUGUGGCCCCCAUUCCCAGCCACUAUGAUGUGCAGGACCGCUUCCGCAUCGAACUGUUGGAGGGAGCUGAGAGCCGAGUGGUAGGGCGCAAGGACAUCUCCUCAGUUCUGAGAGCUCCAGCCUACCCCCUGGAGCUUCACGCACAGCAGAACUCGGGAUCCCCCCAGGGGCCUCCUGCCUGGACACCACCACCCACAGCCAGACACUUCCAGGAGAAUACCCACCCACAACUGGCCACUGGCUCCUUCCUCCUCUUCUUGCUGGCGGGCGUGGUCUCCGUGGCCUUCCUGCUCCUCCCACUCCAGGGUGAACUUGACAGCCAGCUGCCCCAAGUCCUGCAUGUCUCCCAGGGACAGAAGUUGGUGGCAGCCUAUGUCUUGGGCCUUCUCACCAUGGUGUUCCUCCGUACCUGA